AUGAUUUAUUCCACCUUGAUUCUCGCCGUCUCGGUAGCGGCAGUCAGCGCCCAGGGUGUACAAUACAACGCAGCAUCCGGACUCUUCUCCUGCGACGACAUGCCAACCGGGUCAUACUGCCUCAUGAACUCCAUGAAAGGCAGCAUCCUCAUCCAAUGCGAGAACAGCAUGGGGAUGCCCAUGAACUGCAACGAUGAGUUGAAAGGUGUGUUCCCGGCUGGUAUCACGCCGAAAGGGAAUAAUUUCGCGCCGUGCUAUCAGUCGAAUAAGACGGCUGGUGAUGCUGUGUGCUCGAAGAAUUGUAUUGCUCAUCCUAUGGAUGCAAAUGGAAUGGAGACUGGGGAAUACCCGCUUCCGCCGUCGGCGGAUUGUACGCCUAUUGCUAAUCCUAAUGCAUCGAGAACUUCCGCAAUGGCAGGGAGUUCGAGUUCUGCUUAUACGGCGUCUGGACUGAAUCCUGGUGCUACAUCAUUGUCUGGGCCGAUGUUCUCUAGCGCUCCAAACGCAGGUCCAAAUUCAAGACUUGCUGGGCCUUCAGCAUCUAAUAUGGUUUCUUCGAAUGCUGGGGGUUCUUCAAGUCAAGCAACAGCAUCUGCUGGAUCCUCGGCCUUGAAUAUGGGUCCCUCCAACGCUGCGAUAUCAAAACAAAGUUCAGCACCCGCUGCAUCGUCUUCUUUGGCCAGCGGUGCGUCUGCUAGUCAAUCACGAACAGAUACUACCCGAAUGGUCGGGCCAACAGGAAAUUCCGGAACCGGCAACAAUACAAACAACAAUCCAAAUGGCAACAACGGAGCUGGUGGCGGCAUUACCACUCCCACUCCCAAGUCUCCAUCAGGUCCACAAUCGACACCUGCACAAUUCGAAGGUCAAGCCGUGACCAACUCAGCUGGAUUUGCACUCGUGGCAAUCGGAGUUUUCGUCGCUUACUGUCUUUGA